UUUGAACUGGGAGUGGUGGGAUUUGAACUGGGAGUGGUGGGAUUUGAACUGGGAGUGGUGGGGUUUGAACUGGGAAUGGUGGGACAUGGGGACACCUCGGGGACACCCUGGGGGACAGGGGACACCUCCAGGUCACCGAGGUUGGUGGGGUUUGAACUGGGAGUGGUGGGAUUUGAACUGGGAAUGGUGGGGUUUGAACUGGGAAUGGUGGGGUUUGAACUGGGAAUGGUGGGGUUUGAACUGGGAAUGGUGUCCGUCCCCGCCCUGUCCUGCCUCUUCUUCCACGUGAUGUGGGAACUGUCCCGCCUGCCCGACUCCGGCGUCCCACAGGUGGGUUUUUUUGGGAAUUUCCGGGGAAUUCGUUGUUUUUAUGACUCUCCAGUUGGAUCCAUGUCCCAAUCCCGAUCCCACUCCCUCUGGAAUUCCCAUUCCCAGGCGUUUGUGGUGCUGAGUGACCUGCUGGUGGUGCUGGGCCCGGCGCUGCCGCGGGCGCUGGAGCCGCUGGCGCUGCCGCCGGAGCCGGGGCUGCACUCCCAGCUCGCCUCCUUCCUCAUGGAUCACGUCUUCCUGCAGCCCCCGGAAAACCGGGAAGAGCCCCACGCCGCCGAGGAGGCCGAGGGCCGGCUGGAGGAGCUGCACCGGCGCCGGCAGCUCCUGGCCGGGUUCUGCAAAGUGCUGCUGCACGGGGGGCUGGAGCUGCGCCGCGCCUCCGACGUCUUCAAGCACUACUCCAAGGUCUGGGAAUGCCGGGAAUGCCGGGAAGGGCUCCAGGGGGCUUUGGGAAUUCUCGGGGGCCCCCCCAG